AUGAAAGGCCGAAUAGAUAAAACACGAAAGGCCAAUAAGGCAGCUAGAGCUGCUGGUUCUGUCAGCGAGGAAGCGAUAGAAUGGGCAGGCCCAGGCUGUCCGGUGCCUGGCAUGAAUUGCUGCAAUUCUAGAGUUCCAGUGGACGAAGAGGACGAAGUCUACUUAACCUGCACAAACGACACUUGCCCGAUCAUCAAGCACCCGCUUCACCGGCAAUGUUACGCGGAACUGGAAGAGAGUCUUGUGAAGAAACUCGGAACAUUAGGAUCUGCUCGCGGAUGGACCGAGUCGCAAAGACUUCACAAUCUUUGGGAAAAGAAAGGAAUUAGUCUUAUCGGAAAGAUCUGCCGGUGCCGAUGUGGUCUUGGACACUACAGUCUUGACAAGCAAAAACUCUAUGAACAGGAGAAAGCGAAAGAGAAAAAACAGAAGAAGACGAAACGCCAGACGAAAACAACUCUUCCGACUUUGAACAGCGGCGGUCGUGCUCCACCUGCCGAGCAAAAGAAAAAGAAAAAGAAUCAGAACGUCUCAGACCUAUCAUUCUCAUCUUCCGCCUGCACUCCGGAUAAUAGCUUCGUGCAAAAAUCGUGCUCGAAGGAUCUGUCUAACACUUCGGUAUUUUCCGACAUUGUUGUUCUCGCUCCGACACCGCCACAGCAAAGUCUCUCUUACGCUGCGACCAUAAGAAACUGCAAAAAAAAAAACGACAGCGGUUUUGAAACACCAAGAUCAUCGACUGAUUGCUCUCGCGAGCAUGUGAACGAGGAGUUGGACAAGUCUGAAUCGAAGCCAGAGAUCUCGGAAAGUUCUGUUCAGGAUGCUGAAAAAGAAGCUCAUGAGGAAUUCGCUGAAGAGGUGGCUCUUCUUUCGCCAAUUCAUCACACUCCGGCUCCGACGCCAACUGAAUGGUCGGCGAUUGCAAAGAAGGCCAUGACACCGGCGAUGGUCAUUGGCCAACAAUCGGCAUUCCCAUUCACUUCGACGCCAAAGGCGAACAACUCGCGUUCGAUGAUCAGAAAGCUAUCGCCUGGUCCGUCGUCGCGGAAUUCGCAGUCAGCAGCUCGCAUGUUUUUCAACACACAUUUCGACGUCGACAAGGAGACUAAUCGGUCCACCAUCGUUAUCGCCAAACCAACUCAUGAGCCAGUUUUGCGCAGAGCCGAGCGCUCGAACCCGGCGAGUUCGACUUCACCAGAUGCUGAAGUUGAGCCAAUCGCCGAAGAGUGCUUCGGGUGGACCCCAUUCCACGGACAAGACUUCAAUCUCGGCGAAAAGCUGCAUUAUCUACCAUAA